AUGAAAUGCUUCAAGUGCGGCCAAGAUGGACACUUCAUCAAAGAUUGUCCACAAUGGAGGGAACAACAGCCAGCAGCUGAGGCACCAAGAAUUGGCAGAGUUUACACACUGGAUCAACAUGUGGUGGACCAGGCAGCCGAACUAGUUAAAGGUACGAUCAAUAUAUGUGGUGAAGAACUAUCUAUUUUAUUUGACUCUGGUGCGACCAAUUCCUUCAUUGCCGACUAUGUGGCAAAUGCAUUUAACUUAACUAUGAGCCCAAUGCAAGUCACCUCUGCGACGGGGGAAGUGACAACGUCUCACUUCAUAUGUAGAAGUAGAAAUGUAGAAUUCAGAUACAAAGGAAAGAAGUACAACCAAGACUUCAUAAUUCUCCCCUUAGCCAAACUAAACCUAAUAUUGGGAAUGGAUUGGCUGGCCAAACAGCGCGUAGUAAUUGACUGUAGCAGCCGAAGUAUAAUAGUCGACGGAGAAAUGAUGGUUACCCCACUCCCCAGUACUUCACCGGUCGAAUCAAGAGAUUGUACUUUCAUGCAAGCUGGCCUCAAUGCAAUCCCCAAUGCAAGUCACCUCUGCGACGGGGGAAGUGACAACGUCUCACUUUAUAUGUAG